GUGGAAGAAUGAACGGAGCCCCCCCUGAUAUCAGUGUCACUAAACCGCAAAAGCGUAAGUGCGUGAUAACCGCAUUAGAAAGAGGAAGACAGCCAACACCAAGAACUCGUUGGCAGUCUAAAGCCCCAAACUCCUGAGAAAUGAGCCUGUCACCCCCAGAGCUGCUGAAGCUCCUGCGUCUCCUCGACGAGGAGAAUGCCAACACCCCCCUGGACACCCUCAUAAAGCAGCUCCACCAGGAGUUCCCUCCCGAGGAUCGUUUCAAGGUCGGUCUGACCCUGGUGCUCCUCCUCCAGCAGAUCGACUUGCUCCCAAACCCCUCCCAAAGAUUGAUAGCGAUAGCACUGCUCUACCACCUCUACCAGAACGAGUCGUUCGCAUCAACACCGUUUGCCAGUGUCUUCAACAAGAUCCUCAAGCCGAUGGAGCCCAUCAACUCAGAAAAAUCGAGCCAAUCUGGCCAGGCCCCGAUACUGUCCCAGUACGAGACCAAGUUCCUAGCUAGUCUGCUGGGGUUCAAUUCAUCUGAGACCCUCAAACGCACCCCCAGGAAGAUCAUCGACAACUUGUACUUCUCCCCAGCAAACGUUAACAACGAUGCACUGACCAAUCUGCAGCUGCAAUUGGCUGAACAGCAGUCCGAGUUUCCGGCGGUCAGCAAGUGUGGAAGUCCCAUCAUUUUACCGGACUCCGAGGGCUCGAAGAAGGUGGAGAGUGAUAAGACUACUAGGAGGGAGGUGAUCGAGAGCCUGAUCUCCGGAGAUCCCCCCAUCUGCAGUCAGAACUACUUCCCUGAAUUCCUGAGACUGGCGCCUCCGCUGUACAACAGAUCGAGUGGUCUUCCCUGGAUGGACGUGACCGAGCGAUCCCAAUUCACAGUGGAGUACGACACAACGAUGUGCAUAUCGAAUAGCGCAGGGGCUGAGGCUCGUAGAUUGAUGGGAAAGGCUUUUAAAAAUGUACUGACUCUCCAGCAACAGCAGCACCUGGUGACUGAGCUCGAGAAGGAUCCCAAGCUGGUUUACUCGAUUGGCUUGACACCACUGAAACUGCCAGAUCUCGUCGAGAACAAUCCACUGAUUGCCAUUGAAGUACUCCUCAAACUCAUGCAGUCUAGUCAGAUAACCGAGUACUUCAGUGUUCUCGUUAACAUGGAAAUGUCGUUGCACUCCAUGGAAGUCGUCAAUCGUCUCACCACUACUGUUGAUCUUCCCACUGAGUUUGUUCACCUUUACAUUAGCAACUGCAUUUCUACCUGUGAAACUAUCAAGGACAGGUACAUGCAGAAUCGACUUGUGAGGCUGGUGUGUGUGUUCCUGCAGUCGUUGAUCAGGAAUAAGAUUAUUAAUGUGCAAGAGCUGUUCAUCGAGGUGCAGGCGUUCUGCAUUGAGUUCAGUAGGAUUAGGGAAGCUGCUGCGUUAUUCAGGCUGCUUAAGCAGCUGGAGUCGGGGGAUGUUGCGGGGCUCAAUGCCUCGGCGAAGAAAAAUAUCGAUAUUUGUUAGGGGAUUGGGGGAGCUGGGGGCAGUAAUCUAAAGUUAUUGUAAUUAUGGCUUUCUUUUGAUAGCUGGAUUUUUGGGAAUUGAGUGAAUAAAGAGGAUUUUUCAUGGA